GAGAUUGAGGCGCUCAAGUUGUUGGCCCAACAACUGGGGGGUAUCGAUCUUCAUCUGGGGGACGAAAAUCAGUUGCGUCGGCUGAUGCAAGAUGAAAAACUUCGGUCGACCGAAACUAUUCGGCUCAAAAAGCUGCAUUUGGAUCUGUUGAAGCAGGAUUUGGCCAUGGAGGCUAUGUAUGAUGAAGAUUUUACGCGGUCUGCGAUGGUGAUGCAGUGGGGUCAGUUCCUGGACCAUGAUCUGGAUUUUACACCGGUUGAUGCCUCAAUUAGUCGAUUUAGCGACGGCUUAGGCUGCAAUGAGACAUGCGUCAACGACCCGCCCUGCUUCCCUAUCCUAGUGCCCCCGGGCGACCCGCGCAUUCGGUAUCGUUGUAUCGGCUUUUCCAGGUCCAGCGCCACCUGCGGCUCAGGAUCCACCUCCAUUCUACUAGGUCGGCCGCACCAUCGUGAGCAGUUGAACCAAAUAACAGCAUUUAUCGAUGCCUCCAAUGUGUAUGGCAGUGACGAGUUUGAUGCAAACCAAUUGCGUGAUCUCGUUUAUGAUGAAGGCAAAUUACGUGUUGGCAUGCCAACCGCCUUUAAUAAACCUCUACUGCCAUUCAACAUACGUGGCCAAGUAAGCACGAUGUAA